UGAAGGUGUGGCAUUCCAUGCUGUUAGUGUGGUUUCAGCCCAGGCUGCUCACUGCUGGGCUCUGUUCCCAGAUCACAUCCAGACCAUGUGCAACUUCCUCAGUGGCUCCUUAAAGCACGCCACUGGCCAAGGCGAGGUGUGGACAGAAACAUCCAAGUUCUCCCAGUUCGGCUGGAGGUGCACCACGAAUGAGAAUGAUUACUCACACAAAGUCCUUAUGGGGAACUGGAAUGAAGAGCGCUACGACAUCCAGAAUAUUGCACAGCCCAAGCCACUUCCUUCCCAAUACAGUCACUGCUUUGAAACAACAUACUCUUCGGAUUACAACAAGGACAAGCAUCAGAGAACAAGAAGAUUUGAACAAGAACCUCAUUGGUUUCCAGGCCACCAGCCUGAGUUGGAACCUCCUUUGUUCAAAUCAACUGCCCAGUCCUGCUACACAAUAGACUACAGGCCUCCAAACAGCAACUGCUUAUGUCCAGCACUCAGAGAAGGAACAAGAAGGAUGCAGAAAAAGCAACAGAGAUGAAGGGAAUCUGCAGACUGUGCCUUCAGCAUAACAGGAGGCCUGUCUGCUAGCAGUGCUACAAAGAUAUCCUUCAAACCAAAACAACCUGUUCUGCAUUAAAGCCAAAUAUAGCAUCUUGUGAAAUAUGUUUUUCCUGCUUUCUCA